AUGUCCGACUCGGAGGAGCUCACAGAGUUCGGCAGCAUCGUGGAGCGGAUUGAGAAGGGAGAGGUCCCCAUAAGGAACAUAGAGCGAGAGUUGAUCUGCCCAAUAUGCAAGGAGCUGUUCACCCACCCCCUCAUCUUGCCCUGCCAGCACAGCGUUUGUCACAAAUGUGUGAAAGAACUGCUCAUGCUGAACCAGGAUGAUUCGUUCAGCAUAGACGCCGGCUCGGAGUGCUCCAACCCCGGAAGCCCUCGCUCUAGAGUUCCCUCUCCCAGCAUGGAGAGACUGGACAAGCUGGUACGAUCAGUGGGCUUAAGGUCAUGGCGGCAGCAGCAGUCGGCCACAGCCUGCCGUGCUGCAGACGCCGUCUGUUCCUCCCCAACCCGAGCAGCGCACCGCACCCACGGCAUAAGGUCAGUGUCCUCCUCCCCUGGCUGGAGGCGCUCCUCAGUCGCGCCACGUGUCACCACCUUCCCGUGCCCUGGCUGCCAGCGGGACAUAGAUCUCGGCGAGCGGGGUAUCAGCAUGCUCUUCCGUAACUUCACGUUGGAGAGCAUCGUGGAGCGUUACAGGCAGGCGGCACGCGCCGCCGUCGCCAUCAUGUGUAACGUGUGUAAGCCCCCCGCCAUUCAAGAGGCCACUAAGAGCUGCAUGGACUGCAAGGCCAGCUACUGCAACGAGUGCUUUAAGCUGAACCAUCCAUGGGGGACGCCCAAGGCCCAGCACGAGUACGUCGGGCCCACCACCAACUUCAGACCAAAGGUUUUGAUGUGUCCUGAGCACGAGAUGGAGAAAGUCAACAUGUACUGCGAGGUGUGUCGCCGGCCAGUGUGUCACCUCUGUAAACUCGGCGGCUCUCAUGCUAACCAUAGAGUCACAUCCAUGAGCAAUGCCUACAAGGUCCUUAAGGAGAAACUAUCAAAAAGUAUCCAUUACUUAAUUAGCAAAGAGGACCAAGUAAGGACUCAAAUUAAAGAGCUGGAGGUCCUGAUUCAUCAGACUGAGGAAAAUGGCCAGUUUGCUGAAAGGCAAGCUCACGAACACUUCGAGCGUCUUUUCGAGGCUCUCCAAGAAAGAAAGACCGAGAUGUUGCGGUCCAUCGAGCAGUCCAGAAACAGACGUGUGGAUGAGCUCAGAAGCCAGGUGGAGGAGUACCAGGGAAUGCUGGAGAACAGUGGAUUAGUGGGUUACGCCCAAGAAGUCCUCAAAGAGACCGAUCAGUCCUGCUUUGUUCAGACGGCUAAGCAGCUCCACUUCAGGGUUCACAAGGCCACAGAAUCUCUGAAGACUUUCCAUCCUGCAGCCGAUCCCUCGUUUGAUGAGUUUGCCUUGGACACCUCAAAGGAGGAGGCUCUACUGAAAGACCUCUCAUUUGGUCGAGUUCCUGACCCUCCUAUUAUCGACCUCUCUCAAAGCCGUGUGUAUAACGAGGGCCUGAUCCACUGGAGAUUACCUGAGGACUCUCUCCCAACGGACCACCAUGUUGUUGAGUACAAGAAAGUGGGAUUGAAGGAUGAAGAGGAGAGCCAGUGGUGCACAUCUGAGCCGGUGUACGGCUCCAGCACCGUGGUGUGUAACCUGGAUAGCGACUGUCGCUACGCCUUCAGGGUACAAAGCUGCCGCAACUCCGUUUACAGUCCUUACAGCGCUGAAGUGUCUUUCCACACACCCCCAGCUCCAGUGUUUGGCUUCCUGUUCAAUGAGAAAUGCGGAUUCAGUGCAGAGCGUCUGAGGUUAAGCAAGAGGAAGGACUCUGUGGAGAGCGUGGCCGGCAUGCCCUUCCUCCUGGCUGCUGAUCGAGUCCAGACAGGAAGUUACGUUUGUCUCGAUUACAUCAUCGGCGAUACAGGCAUCUCACAUGGCCGACAUUAUUGGGCUUUCCGCGUGGAGCCGAGCUCUUACAUGGUGAAAGUGGGAGUGGCAUCGGACUCGAAGACCUUCGAGUGGUUCCACAACCCACGUGACACCAGCAGCCCGAGAUUCGACCAUGACAGCGGACACGACAGCGGCAGUGAAGAUACAUGCUACGAACCCUCUCAACCCUUCACCCUGCUGACCCUGGGCAUGGGCAAGCUCUUCAUCCCUAAAGCAUCCGCCCCCGCUGCAGCGGGCGAGCCCGGCAGCCGCGUCCUUCCUCUGCCUCAGCGAAUCGGAGUCUGCCUGGACUACGACGCCGGCCGUGUCUUCUUCUACGAUGCCGACACAAUGCGAUGCCUUUACGAGCGGCAGGUGGACUGUUCUGGUACCAUGUACCCCGCUUUCGGCCUUAUGGGGGGUGGAGCCGUCCACCUGGAGGAGUUUAUUACGGCCAAGCGGCUCUCUUACAUGUGAAAGCCGAUCCGCUGAUCUUCCUCCAUCUGCUCCGAUCGACUUA